GAUCCAACCACAACAACAACUGAGUCAACCACAACAACAACUGAGUCAACCACUAUGACACCAACAACAACUGAUCCAACCACAACAACAACUGAGUCAACCACAACAACAACUGAGUCAACCACUAUGACACCAACAACAACUGCAAUAACAACCACUGCAACGACAACAACAACAACUUUGGCCCUGAGCAAAAUACCUCUUCAGUUUUCGCUUCAAGUUGAUGGUCCAGCACCAUCUUGCACUGAGGGUGAAUAUCUACCACGGUUCCUCCAUCCAACGCCACAUCAUGGAGAACACCUGCAGGCACGUGUAAAUCAAGAGCUUGAGAUCAGAGUGAAAGCUUCUGCAUCUUUUUCAAGAAUCGUUGAUAUCAUCAUUAGUGGACCUCUGAACAGCACAAAGUACAAAACCACCACUGGGGAAUAUGUGAUUAACUGGACACCAACCUCAGAAAACUAUGGCCAACACUUUCCAUUUUGCUUCAUCGCAGAAGGACAAUAUGGAUCUAAUAUUUACCACUCUGAGAUGAGGUGCGUUGUUGCAAAGGUGAAUGGUAAAGGACCUGAGGCAAAUGUAACCUGCACUCAAAACUCAAUGUCAGUGACAAUUAAGAGAUCCUCCAUCAAAAACCUCCAUGGUGACCACCUGAGACUGAUAAAUCCAUCUUGUCGGGUUUACACUAACAGUAGCCACCUGUUCACCAACACACUUCUAAACGACUGUGGCACUCAGAUUGAGGAGAACAAUAAUGAACUCAUCUUCAAGAAUAAAAUCAUUACAUUCGAUGAUCCCAGGGACAUUAUAACCAGGAAGGAUAACCUAGAAAUUGAAAUCCUGUGCAAGUACCAGAAAAGGACCAAUGUUACGCUGGAGUUCGAUACUCACAGACCACCAAUCAUCUUCUCAGAAAAAGGUUUCGGCACAUUCAACUAUCAGUUUGAGUUUUAUGCUUCUGCAAAUUUCCAGAACAGCAGGGGUCCAGAAUCAUACCCACUUGAGUAUGAUGUGGGCGACAAGAUCUUCAUGAAGAUUGAGCCCGUUACUCCAGUCCUAAACACUGAGAUCUUCCUCGAGUCGUGUGUAGCUACUCCUUACGAUAAUCCCAACUACCCAGUCUCCUAUCCCAUCAUCAAGAACGGAUGCAUUGUGGAUGAAACGGUUCGGUUUUUCUUAAGCCACCAACCAUUCGUCCAGUUAGAAAUGGAGGCCUUCAAAUUCAUUGGGUUCCAUGACCAGGUCUUCAUCAGCUGCUCAAUCAUCAUAUGCCAGGCCAACAAUCCCAACACCCGCUGCUCUCAGGGCUGCGUCAACAGCACAGUCGCUCCACCGGCCCACCACCAUCACAAAAGAGAGGCUCCCCUCCAGACCGACAGUCACUUCAUCUCCCAGGGGCCCCUGCGGCUGAAGAGGAGCGCAUCUCAGGUCACCGUAAGCCCGGGUCUGAAUCUAAACCUUGUUGUCGUCACUGUUUGUCUUGUGGCAACAGUAGCCAUGGUGUGUGGAGUGAUCGUCUACAGAGCCAGAGGGCAAAGGAUCAGAUACAAACCCGUUCCAUCACACGACUUUUAGUCAUGUCAGCUCUGU